GUGACCUGAUCAAUGACUCUGAUACCGAUAAUCUUUGAACCCGGCAAAAUUUCUGAAGCUCUGCUCUCUCAAGCUCUGUAUCAAACCAUUGAAUUUCAACCCCAGCAAAUCACCAAUUUCUCUGUCGCACACAUAGGAAUCCUUUCCUUUCCUCUCCAAACAAAAUCUCAACACACAACUGCGAAAUUCUCCAUCAGUUAAACAAAAGAAAAUGGAUUCCUCAUCUCUUCAGCAAACACCGGAUCUCUCCAAGUUGUCGGAUAGAGACAAGCAGGAAUUGCAACAGUUUAUUGUUAAUGAGACGCAGAAGGCUAGGAUUCAACAGUCCGUUCACUCCCUAACCGACGUCUGCUGGAAAAAAUGCGUGACGGGCAGUAUCCGCAGCGGCAAGCUGGACAAGAGCGAAGAGAGCUGCACGAUGAAUUGUGUCGAGAGGUUUUUGGAUAGUAGUAUGGCGGUGAUUACGCAUUUGAAUACUAUGAGGGCGAAUGGGGGGGCUUAGGUUGGGGUGGGGUUGUGGUUUGAGGAGAUGGGGAUGUAUGAUUAUUAGUUUGAUGGGAUGUGAUGCGAUGCGGUGG